AUGUCGUCAUCAUCAACAGCACAAUUAAUUGUUACUAUUGCUGAAUAUUAUACAAUCUAUACGGGAUUUAUUACUUUAUUUUUUGGUAUCAUUGGAAAUAUUUCUCUUAUUUUUGUAUUAACUCGUCUUAGAAUUUUUCGUGGCAAUCCGUCUGCGUUUUAUCUCAUCACAGAAUCAAUUACUAACUCACUUCAAAUGGCAAUUUUAUUAACAUCUCGUAUUGCGAUGAACGGUUUUGCUACUGAUCUAACACAAACAAUAUUAUUCUGGUGUAGAUUAAGAGCAUCGUUCAGAGCAUAUUUUACUCUUAAACCACUUUCUAUUAUUUGCUUUUCUGCUAUUGAUCAAUAUUUAUCAACAAGCUAUUAUCCAUUUUUAAGACAAAAAAGUACAAUGAAUUUGACUAAAAUUCUUAUUACUAUCGUAACUAUAGUUUGGAUUCUACAUGGUAUACCAUUCUUUUUAUUCUCUGGAAUUCAAACGACAUAUGGAUGCUUUAUAUAUAAUUCCAGUUUUUUAAAUUAUAUUAUAUAUUUCUAUUAUCCGAUACUUUCUGGUAUUUUACCGAUCAUUAUUUCGACAUUUUUUGGCGUAUUAGCUUAUCGAAAUGUUCGUCGAAUUGUAAGACGUCAAAUGCCAAUACGUCGACGAAAAUUUGAUCAACAAUUAACAGCAAUGAUUCUUAUUCGAGUUGUUUUUUUAGUCAUUAUGAUAUCACCAUAUGUUUUAGAGCGUAUUUAUGCAGUUGUAUUCAAAACAAAACACGGUAUACUUUAUGAUGCUAUCUUGAUACUUAUUGAUGAUGUUGCUUAUUCGUUUUUUCAUAUUAAUUAUGCAGGUUCCUUUUAUUUAUUCUUAAUAUCAUCAAAAAGAUUUCGUCGACAAGUUAAACAUGCUUUUAUACAGAAAUUUUGGGAAAUAUUUUGCACAAAAAGAAUACAUCAAAAUCAAAUAGUUCCAAUAACACAGUCAUGCAUUAGUGAAGAUGAUUUUUAA